AUGAAUUUACAGCAACUAUCAUUAUCAGAAGCGAUCACUAAUGAGUCAUUGGAGAUAAAUAGUGAAACUGUCAACCCCAGAACCAUUAGAAAGUACAAAUCUGCAAAUUUCGAAACUCAAUCAAUUUCAAAUUCUGAUCGAUUGAUAUUUUACCUUGCUCUUAUCUUGGCAUUGGUUAGUUCGGCCAAUAUAUUUCGAACAAAGUAUUGCAUUGAAAAAGUUUUCGAUGUAAAUUCAUUCGCUCAACUAGAAAGCGUAAAUUUACUUACAUUUGCAGAUCUUGAUAUUACUUAUGAUGUAUUUUCCGUUUAUCUUACAAUAAUUCGUAAUGGUUUAUAUUUACAACACAAUGAUAUUUUAAUUCAUAACCUGACAAUCAGUUUCGAUGAAUUAACGACAACCCCUAACGAUUUAUUGCAUGAAGCAUUCGAAACUCGAGCUUAUUUUCCAUUAAACAGCAAAAUAUCCCGACCAAUUUUUUUAAUGCGAGGAUAUGAUCAGCACAUUUCUAGGAUUCUAUUUCAAGAUUUCAUUACAGCUGAUUGGCGAGGAGUCACGCAAAUCGAAAUGAAAAUUUUCGGAUAUGUCGGAAUUAUUAGUCAAAUGAAAUGGAUUACUUUCGGAAUAGCUGUUGGAGCCAUUCUAUCAAUAAUAGAGAAUUACUACGAAGCUAAAAAUGACAAAAAUCUAUUAUUUUCUAAUUACGAAUAUUUCCUCAUUGGAGGUAUUAUUUUAGCAUUGAACCCUCUUAGGCUUAUAUCAAGUGACUUUGAUGUAUUACAAAUUUACAUUGUUUGCUCACUUCUUUUCAAAUUUAUCUUCAAAACAUUUCAACUUAUUUAUAUCUUUAGGCUAUCUUUCCACCAAACAGAGAAUCCGAAGAUUAUUAUGUUUGUCGUUGUUUCGUUGUGUACAUUGAUGGAACUUCUUACAAAUAACCAAGCAAACAUAAAAUACGUUAGAUUUGACAUAAAUCCGACACAUUUCAGUACUAUUUCUGCUGCUUGUGAUGUCGUAUAUAUGACAUUGUUAAUAGCUUUUGUUUUGAAAGGUCAAAUUAACCCAUUUAAUGUUUCAUCAUUAGUUUUGUUUAUUAUUAUGUUUAUUUUGAUUGGAUUUAUAUCUAUAUUUGCAAAACUUUCGUAUUUAUUCCUUCCUUGGCAAUUUAACUUUUUCGGGAAUUAUAUUUUGACUAAUUUUGAGUUGUUAUUCGCACUUUUCUUGGCUACACUUCCUCCCUUCAAACGAGAUGUUAGAAGUGUAAUUGGAGCUAUCAAAUCAUCGAAUUUUGAUCAAAAUGAACAAUAA